UCUCAGACGGCUCGGCUUUCUCGCAGGACGGAACGGGAUGCCUCCAACUGGUCCACGGAGCGGCUGAAAACUCUCCUCCUGCCUGUCAGGGUGGAGGGCGAGGAAGGGGCUUGUGAGGUGACGGAAGUGAGCAAACUGGAUGGAGAGGCCUCCAUUAACAACCGCAAAGGGAAACUUAUCUUCUUCUAUGAGUGGGCAAUCAAGCUGGCGUGGACUGGCACCUCAAAGACAGGAGUGAAAUACAAAGGUUAUGUGGAGAUUCCUAAUCUCUCAGAUGAAAAUGACAUUGAUGAAGUUGAGAUCCAUGUCAGCCUUGCUAAAGAUGAGCCUGACACUAACUUGAAGACCCUGAUGAAGCAAGAAGGUGCAAAAAAAAUUAGAGAUGCAAUGAAAACUUACAUCAGCACUCUCAAAACAGAAUUCACCCAGGGCAUGAUUUUGCCCACAGUGAAUGGUGAACAUAUGGAAACAACACCUCAGGUGGCUCCUAAAGCAGAAGACCGCAAGUCGGCUGCUAGCACCAGUAGCACCACAUCGCAGUCCAAAUCCAUAGGAGUCAAAAUCCCGACUUGUAAGAUCAGCUUGAAGGACACCUUCUUAACGUCUCCCGAGGAGCUCUACCGGGUAUUCGUUACUCAGGAGAUGGUCCAAGCUUUCACCCACGCACAAGCCGCCUUGGAGGCAGAUAAAGGAGGCAAGUUUCAGUUGCUGGAUGGCAGUGUCACAGGAGAGUUUGUUGAUCUAGUCCCUGAGAAACAACUUGUUAUGAAAUGGAGAUUUAAAUCUUGGCCAGCUGGGCACUUUGCAACAAUUACCUUGAACUUCACUGACAAAGGUGGUGAGACGGAGGUGUGCUUGGAAGGCAAGGGCGUUCCUGCCAGUGAGGAGGAAAGAACAAAGCAAGGCUGGCAGCGCUACUACUUCGAGGGCAUUAAACAGACAUUUGGCUACGGCGCCCGCUUGUUUUAAUACCGGUUGCUGGGGAGGCUCUGGCUGAAGACUCUGCCACGUGGACUGAUAUAUUUCUCACCUGUCCCUUUCUAAUCUUGGCCCUGCUGCCGAGUAAAGUGGGAUGACAGGUGACAAGGAAGGCCAUUGAGCAGCACCACUUUCAGUCCCUCACUGCUUUGUGCAUGUCUCGUGCUGCAGGGGAUUCUCUUACAUGUACAUACUUCUAUUGCUAAAUAAACCUAACUUAAAAAAAC